AUGGGAAAUGGGAUAAGAAGUUGGAUAGAAAACCUUGGCCAUCAAGAAUUUUUUUGCAGCACAAUAGCAGGUGUUAGGUCCUUGAUCUCAAGUAUCCAUUUUUGCUCUAAUAUAAGCAGAAAAUUAAAUUUUGCGAUUUUUUUUAUGGAAGUCAACCGUAGACAGUCAUCGUCUAGAAGAGCAACCUUCAGAUGUGAGAAAUACAGCAAGCGGAACCUUAAGAGAAGGAAAUAA